AUGGCGCAUUACAACGAGUUGCCAGCUUUGAGGAAAAAAAUGUACCCAAAGGAACUGCCCGCGUUUGAGCCUAAAUUAAAGCCUCGGCGGGUGAUACACAGGUGGAUGUCCGCGUGGUGCGCCCCCUUCCCGAGUUGCGACGAGGCCGUGGUGUACAGCACACAGCGUUACCUUUAUGAAAAAGAACACAUACGACCGGCGCAGAUCAAGACGUACGUGAAGGCUCCCAACCUACUGCUCAUGAUAGUCACGUUUGCUGCCGUUUUGUUAAUUUACUUUCUUUCACGCUUCACGCUUACACGCAAGUUUAUGCUGAACUGGCCACGACUCUCCACUAUGACCGUUAUCUCUAAGACACCAAGCGAGUCGGCGGUGAAUGCGACGAAGUUCAAAUUCAACCUAUUCGGCGAAGGUUGGGAUGCUGGGACUGAUGCAGAUGCUGUUCCGCCUAAUAAGAAGAUGAUGGUUGAGGUGUCAGGCUCGAACGGCUACAGCAUGACGGCGGUGGCGCUGAUCUUCUCCGCCAUCACGUUGCUUAAAGAGAGCGACAAGAUGCCCGCGUACGGAGUGAUAACACCAGGCGUCGCGUUCCGCAACACAAACCUCAUAAACCAUCUCAACAAAAAUAAUCUAAAGUUCGAAGUUGUCGACAAGGAG